AUGAGCAACCCCAUCUCCUCGCUAGGCGGAGAUCUUCUCAGCAACGCCGCCAAAUUGAAGACGGCGCGUACUGGGCGCGUUUCCAGCUGGGAUCAAAGCGGCCUGAACGAAGAUGCCUGGGUCAUCCAACCCGGGGAGACGGCUGUUCUAGCUGACAUCGAGGGUCCAGGGACCAUCACCCACCUGUGGUUCGUCCAGACGUGCCGUCGUAUUGUCGGACCUGGCCUCAUCCCAUACUCCAAGUCGGGCGUGGCGAUGAUGGAGGUGCACAAUGCUCUCGGCCUCAACUACGAAGUCAGCGACCCAGACUACUACCGCAAAGUCCUCAUCAAGAUGUACUGGGACGACUCGGAGACCCCCAACGUUCUGGCCCCCAUUGGUGAUUUCUUCUGCCUGGGCCACUCCAUGGCAGCCAACUUUCAGUCCCUCCCAUUCACCGUGUCCGUCAAGCCGUCCGAGGAGAAGAAAUUUGGCGGCGCAGCGGCUUUCAACUGCUACCUGCCGAUGCCCUUCAACAAGCGCGCUCGCAUCGAGAUUGAGAACCAGAAUGACCAGGCCUACAUCCAGUACUUUUACAUUGACUACGAGCUGUUCCCGGAGCCGUUGAGCAAUGAUACCCUCUUCUUCCAUGCCAACUGGCGCCGCGAGAACCCGACCAACGGCUGGGCCCCCGAGGGCGUCCAGACCAACAGCCUGGAAACGCAGGUGCCCAAUCUCGAUGGCAAAGGCAACUAUGUGAUCCUGGAGACCGAGGGCGCCGGGCAGUACAUUGGCUGCAACCAAAGUGUCGCCCACUUCCAGGGCACAUGGUGGGGCGAGGGCGACGACAUGAUCUUCAUCGACGACGACACCUGGCCGCCCUCGAUGCACGGCACCGGCGGCGAGGACUACUUCAGCCAGGGAUGGGGCAUGCAGAAGAACGCUUAUCCCUUCUGCGGCACCAUCAUCCACGAGGAAGACGUCCCAAACCACCAGGUCAGCUACCGGUGGCACCUCGCCGACCCUGUCCGGUUCAGCAAGAAGAUCCGCGUCACGAUGGAGACUGGGCACGCGAACCACCUCCGAGACGACUGGUCGACCACGGCGUACUGGUACCAGACCCUGCCGGGGCCCCGGCUCGAUAUUCUACCGGUGGAGGAGCGAAUCCCACGCAAGCCCGACUUCCCGGCUGGCGAGCAUCCCAAGCCGCCUGCGCUGGAGUCUCUUGACCCCAAGAGAGCAGCCAUGGUGGAGCAGCACAAGGAAAGGAUGGAAGCCUUUGUGAAGGAUAGGAACGUCUGGCUGGAGAGGCGGGCCAGGGACUCGCGAGAACGUGCAAAGGCGAACAUUGAGCACGCCAAGGACAUUCGCCGACGUUUUCUGGAAGGAUUGAAGGGCACGGGGUCGUCGUAA